AUGUAUUCCAGCAACCGUUUCAACUGGACGACUACGAAGCUAUACUCGCCGCACUAUCUUGUCUGGUUGCUGAAACAGCUGACGAGAGUGUCACAAUUUACAGAGAAAUUCUACGCUCACCGAAUUGCAGACAGUGGCAGCAAGCGAUGGAAGCAGAGAUCUCUGCGAAGCCAUAGGACAUGGCGGCUAGUGCAGCUACCGGCUGGCAAGAAACCUAUUGGACGCCACUGGUUGUUCAAGAUAAAACGUAACGCGGACGAGACUGUUAAUCGCUACAAGGCCUGGUUGGUUGCACAAGGUUUCGCGCAACGGCCAGGUGUGGACUACCACGAGACCUUUGUACCUGUCGCACGCCUAGGCACGAUCCGAUGCAAGCUUGCAGUGGCGGCGCAGAUAGAUUACGAAAUACAGCAGUUUGAUGUGGACACCGCGUUUCUCUACGGCCGCAUGGCUGAAGAAGUAUACAUGGGUCAGACAUUUGGCUAUGAAGACGUGUCUAAACCAGGUAUGCUACGUUUGCUGCCGCACGCGUUAUACGGUACCGAACAGGCCGCGCGGGCAUGGUAUGAGGCAUCAUGUAGUCAUUUUAUCAAGCGAGGGUUCGAGUCUCUUAAGGCUGAUCCAUGCGUUUUCUUUAAGACUGCAUCACGUGUUGAAAUUUGCGCCGUGGUUGACUAUGCGGACAAUUUGAUUGAUAUUGUCCUGAAACUAGACGACAUCACAUUGGUGCGCGACGAACUCAAGGAACAGUUUGGCAUCAAGGAGUUUGGUGAGUUGCGCUGUUGA